AUGGGGAGACUUUCAAGGAGGGUAGAUUCUACAAUCAUGGCAAGCAAUUACGAGUUCGAUGAUGCUCCGGCGAACUACGACGACGUUCAGCGGCAGGGCGGCCAGGACACUGUCUACGACCCGAACUUUGUGCCGGAUUCCGUGAAAUCGUUCGUGGUUCACAUGUACAGACACAUUAGGGAGAAGAACGUCUACGAGAUCCACCAGAUGUGUGAGACUUCGUUCCAGACCUUAUCGGAGCGGCUGUUCAAGGACACGCCAUGGCCAUCUGUGGAAGCCAUUGCUCCUUUUGUAGACAAUGAUCACGUUUUCUGCCUUCUCUACCGCGAGAUGUGGUUCCGGCACUUGUACGCGAGGCUGUCGCCUACGCUGAAGCAGAGAAUUGAUUCCUAUGAUAACUAUUGCAGCUUAUUUCAGGUGGUGCUGCACGGCGUAGUGAAUAUGCAGUUGCCGAACCAGUGGUUGUGGGAUAUGGUGGAUGAGUUUGUCUAUCAGUUCCAAAGUUUCUGUCAGUACAGAGCCAAGAUGAAGAACAAAACAGAGCAGGAAAUUGCAUUGCUGAAACAAAAUGAAAAGGCUUGGAAUGUGUAUGGGGUGCUCAACUUCUUGCAAGCACUUGUGGAGAAAUCUACCAUCAUCCAAAUUCUGGAGCAAGAGAAGGAAGGACUUGAACAGUUCACUGCCACUGACGGGUACGAUUACAGUGGCGGAAGCAACGUGUUGAAGGUCCUCGCGAUUUCUCCAGAGAGGAAGUUCUCACGCUGUGAUACUUUCGACAGGUAUGUAGAUGCCGUUCGCGAAUUCAACAAGAUUCUCCUCUACAUUUACAAGACAAAGCAAUACCACCAAAAAUCACCGCAGUAUGAGCAACUACUGAAGAAGAAUGAGCAAAUGUAUGCAUUACUUGCGGUUUGCCUCUCGCUCUGCCCUCAAACAAAACUUGUUGAUGAGUCUGUCAACUCUCAAUUGCGAGAAAAGUAUGGCGAGAAGACGCUGAGGAUGCAGAGGUACGAUGAUGAAGCAUUUGGUAUUUAUGAUGAGCUCUUCUCUUACGCGUGCCCCAAGUUCAUCACCCCUUCGGCUCCAAGUUUCGAGGAACCUCUUGUCAAUUACAACCAGCUUUUAACUUUCCUGACUCGGACAUCUCAGGAUGCAUAUAGGCUUCAGUUGAAGAUGUUCCUUUACGAGGUAAAGCAGCAGCAGCUGUUGUCUGGAGUAAGGACGUUCCUGAAAGUAUACUCCUCCAUUUCUCUUGCUAAACUCGCUAACUACAUGGAAGUUGAUGAGCCUACUCUAAGGACUAUAUUGUUAACAUACAAGCACAAGACCCAUUCAGUUGACUCUGAUGGGAGGAUCAUCUCCAAUGCAGACAUUGAUUUCUACAUCAACAAUGACAUGAUCUACGUUGUCGAAUCAAAACCUGCAAAACAUUAUGGUGACUUCUUCUUGCGCCAGAUUGCGAAGCUUGAAGGUGUUAUUAACGACAUGGAUCGCGUCAAGCUGGAAUGA